UUCUUCUUCUUCUUCUCUCUCUCUCUUCUUCUUCUUCUUCUACUACAUGUUCUUCUUCUUCUGCGUUUCCUCCGCGACCCGCUUAACAACAUCGCUGCUGUGCGUCGGGCUGAUGUCUGGAGAAACUGUGACACGUCUCAGUUACUGUCGCGGGAAUAAGUAGAAGAAAUAAGGACGUUUCCGACUCACGUGAGCAACAGACGAUCCGGGUGACUGUGUUCCAAUCGUGUUGUCGCCGAACACGAACCUGCUGAAGCUGGGAGGGGGAAACAGGAAGCAGCCUCCAGGUGUUUGGGCACAGAUGGGCUGUUCAGGAGCAGAGACGCAGGUACCAGGAAAGUGCUGGUGAUGUAGUCCUCUCAUCACAUCUGACUACCUACCUACCGAGGAAGGUCGUUCUCCGACCGCAGCGAUGGACGAGGACACUCCGACCCUGAAGCCCAGGCGCAUCCAGAAUCAGAACGUGGUCCAUCGCCUGGAGAGGCGCCGCAUCUGCUCGGGCCGACCGGGGGCCCAGUGGUACCGAGUGCGCUGCUUCCACCAGAACCUGUUCCCCAACUUCACCGUGGUCAACGUGGAGAAGCCGCCGUGCUUCCUGAGGAAGUUCUCGCCCGACGGACGCUGCUUCAUCGCUUUCUCCUCCGACCAGACUUCUCUGGAGAUCUAUGAAUACCAAGGCUGCCAGGCAGCGCAGGACCUGCUCAGAGGCCAAGAGGGAGAGACUCUCCUCACAGCCAACGACCAGCGAUCCCUCAACAUCCGUGGCCGGCUGUUCGAGCGCUUCUUCUCCCUGCUCCACGUCACCAAUGUGGCAUCGAACGGGGAACACCUGAACCGGGAGUGCAGCCUCUUCACCGACGACUGCCGCUACGUCAUCGUCGGCUCGGCCGUGUACGUCCCGGAAGAGCCGCCGCCGUACUUCUUUGAGGUUUAUCGCAACAACGAAUCUGUGACUCCGAAUCCCCGCUCGCCGCUGGAAGACUACUCCCUCCACAUUAUCGACCUCCUCACCGGCAGGCUGUGUGACACCAGGUCCUUCAAGUGCGACAAGAUCAUCCUGUCGCACAACCAGGGCCUCUACCUCUACAGGAACAUCCUUGCCGUGCUGUCGGUGCAGCAGCAGACCAUACACGUCUUCCAGGUGACUCCAGAGGGAACGUUUCUGGACGUGAGGACCAUCGGGCGCUUCUGCUACGAGGACGACCUCCUGACUCUGUCGGCGGUCUACACAGAGGCGCAGGCCGAGAGCCAGCCGGGCUUCCCCCGCCUGUACACCGACAAAACCAUCAACUCCCUGAAGCACCGGCUGCUGGUCUACCUCUGGCGGAGGGCGGAGCAGGACGGCAGCGCCACCGCCAAGAGGAGAUUCUUCCAGUUCUUUGAUCAGCUGCGGAGGCUGCGGAUGUGGAAGAUGCAGCUGCUGGAUGAGCAUCACCUCUUCAUUAAAUACACCAGCGAAGACGUGGUCACACUCCGAGUCACCGACCCCUCGCAGCCGUCAUUCUUCGUCGUGUACAACAUGGUGUCCACAGAGGUGCUGGCCGUCUUCGAGAACACAUCCGACCAGCUGCUGGAGCUUUUCGAGAACUUCUGCGACCUCUUCAGGAACGCCACGCUGCACAGCCAGGCCGUCCAGUUCCCCUGCUCGGCGUCUUCCAACAACUACGCCCGGCAGGUCCAGAGAAGAUUCAAGGACACCAUCGUGAACGCCAAAUACGGUGGGCACACGGAGGCGGUGAGGCGGCUGCUCGGCCAGCUGCCCAUCAGCGCGCAGUCCUACAGCAGCAGCCCGUACCUCGACCUGUCGCUCUUCAGCUACGACGACAAGUGGGUGUCGGUGAUGGAGCGGCCCAAGACCUGCGGGGACCACCCCAUCAGGUUCUACGCUCGGGACUCCGGCCUGCUGAAGUUCAAGAUCCAGGCGGGGCUGCUCGGCCGGCCCGUGAAUCACGCCGUGCGGCGCCUGGUCGCCUUCACCUUCCACCCCUUCGAGCCCUUCGCCAUCUCCGUGCAGCGCACCAACGCAGAGUACGUGGUGAACUUCCACAUGCGGCACGUCUGCGCGUGAGCUGCCGGUCGGAUUCGAGCGGGAGGACUCGUCGGGCUUCUGUGAGCGACUCCUGGUGACGAUACAAACAAACAGGUCGUCCGUCGGGAGGCGCAAAACAGUUUGUUCAGUUAGUCGCCCUCUCCUCCUCCUCCUCCUCCUCCUCCUCCUCCAGAGAAAUCAGCAGUCAUUCUCCUCCGAAUAGAAAACCACGGUUUCCCCCCCCUCCCAUCACACAGUGGUCUCUCCACCUCCGCCCCCUCCCCCCCCCCCCCCCCCCCCCCCCCCCCCCCACCUGCAAAGAAGGCAGCAAUUCUGCCUUUUUCCUUUCGCCUCCUCUUUCCUCCACUUCCUCCGCAGAACAAAGAGGGGACCUGUGGGGAGGAGAAGCUGGAAAUAAGUGUAAAUGGAAAUGUAGAGCGAGUGAUUGAUGUGCGACAGAGGAGGGAGCAGUAGGUAGCCAAACCUCUUAGAUGAAACCAAAGGUGUGUUUUUUUUUCUUUCUUCUUCUCUCUCUCUCUCUCUCUCUACCAAUGCACUGAAAGCUGUGCAUUCAUAUCAGAAUUGCUUAAUCCAGUUGGUCCACGAGCAGCUGUCUCAACGAACUCGCUUUUUUCCCCCCUUCACAUAGAUGGGAAAAAGAGGGUCAUUUUAUAUUGUUUUAAACUUGUUUUCUUUUUUUACAUUUUACUAUUUGUAUAUAUUUUAUGCCAAUAAAAUUAUCUAAAUUCUG